AUGGGCAAUCCCGACAAUGGACCGUUGAUCGUGGGGAUCACAUGGUGGCUGACAUUCCUGUGUGGAGGGUUCCUGGGGCUACGCGUAUACGCAAAGCUGAGUCGAAGGCAAGGUCUGUGGUGGGAUGACUGGAUUCUCAUAUUUUCAUGGGUCCUAUUGCUCAUUGAAGCUAUCAUAACACAAAUAGGCCAGCUGCUGGGUUUUGGAAAACGAACUGUCGACAUCGACCCCAAUAACAUCUUAACUGUCGCCCUCUGCACAUCGAUAGGUGCCUCGGUCUCCUGCUUCGCAUCAACAUUCUCGAAAAUCUCUUUCGGCGUAACACUCCUCCGACUGACCACCGGAAAGAUCAGGUGGACCGUCUGGUUCUGCGUAGGCACGCUCUUCCUCUUCAUGCUCCCGUCCGCCUUCAUCACCUGGAUCCGAUGCACACCCACCGCAAAAGCAUGGAACCCCACGCUUGAAGGACACUGCUGGAGCGCCGUCAUGACCGUCAACUACGGCAUCUUCAACGCCGCCUGGUGCGCAGUCGCCGACUUCUACCUUGCCCUGCUCCCCUGGACAGUGCUCUGGGGUCUGCAGAUGCGCACGCGCGAGAAGAUCGGCGUCGGCAUCGCUAUGAGCAUGGGACUCUUGGCCGGCGUCUGCGCCAUCGUAAAAGGCGUCUACAUCAUCCAACUGCGGGAAGCAGACUUCUCCUACAACGGCAAGGACGUCACCAUCUGGACCGCUGUCGAAACCGCCGUGGCCAUCAUCGGCGCCUCGAUCCCCGUGCUGCGUGUCUUCUUCCGCGAGCAGGUCUCGUCGUACAGCAAUUCCCGCGGCCGCUCUGCCGCACCCUCGACGUUGAAACGCACCCCGGCCACGACGGCGACGGCGCGCCACAGCAUCGCGCUGAACGCCCUGGGGCCGAGCAGCAAAGAGGGCGUCUGGACGAGGAUUGAGCCGAUUGACGAGCGCAGUGCGGAUGCGGAUGCGCGCAGCAAGGGCAAUCUGGGAGCGCGGCGCAGUGAUGAGGAGAUUGCAACUACGACUGGGGGGCCGGGGGAUGCAGGGAGUCAGGACGGCAUCUGGCAGACGACGACUAUUACGCACCAGGUUGAAGAGCGGAAAGGUGGACGAGAUGGGAGGGGGAAGAGAUGGCUCCGUUGA